AUGAAUACAAGCGACGGUGCGCCUCAAGUUCCUUCGACUUCAUCUUACAAUCAUCAGGAACAGUCUGUGAUGCCGGAAAACCCCGUUCUCACGAACGCAGAAGCACAACACAAAAACAUCAGACUUCAGCCUCCGAAUCAGCAGUCAUGCUUUAUUCGCGGCUCAAACGGAGCUAACGUAUACAUUAACAACAACACAAAUCCAUACAUGAGUAUGUUAAGUGCUCCGACAUGGCCAACACAAGGUACAGGUGUUCCGCGACUUGUGAAUCCAGCACAAACAUGGAACAACAUUGCUGUAAACAAAGUUAACAAUGGAGGCGCCAAAAAACCAAAGCGUGUGAGAACAGCAUUCACUAGCAACCAAAUGACGGAACUAGAGCAAGAAUACACUCGCACAAAGUACCUAGACCGGGCACGUCGCUUGGAGCUGGCGGAAAUCUUACAGCUCAACGAGAGGACCAUAAAAAUAUGGUUCCAGAACAGAAGAAUGAAAGAGAAAAAGAUUUUGACGGAGCGCUUAGGAGAGUCUGAAGAAACCAGCACGACUGCUUCUUCGCCAGAUUUAGGCCCACUUCCAAUAUAUCACAACUAUACAUUCAAUAACCUAAGGUUUACUGAACGAAGUCAACCAGCACAACCUUAUUCGAUCAUGCCGACCUAUGGACAUCAAACGUUACUUCAGCCUCCGACAGUAAAUGGAAUGGUUGCCAGUUCAACAGGAGCUCCCGGGACAGGGCUCCAACAACUAAAGUUACAGGAUUUUGAGGUUAAUCAGCCUAUUGGAAAUUCAAUGCAAGCGAGCACACCGCCCAUGCCGAAUACCAAUAAUAUGUCCUGGGACUUAUCCUGGAUUCACAGUAUGAACACCCAAUAUGAAUAUUGA